UCAUGUUUCCUUGUACAUCAUUUGCAAGUCUCAUUUAGUAGUAUUGCAUCAUCAAUAUGUGUUUUACUGUGGCACACAUGGUAGACUAUUAGCAAUAAAAGUUCCAAUUUUUGAGUUUUUAUGGUGAUAUGAAGUUAAGAAUAUAAAAAUUUGCAUAAGAUAUAAAAAUGGCGCCGAAAAAUAAAGAAAAUACAUCUGGAAAUAAAAAGAAAAGACAAAUUUCUGAAGAAGAAGAUGAUGAAGAUUAUCGAAGACGUAGAGAUAGAAAUAAUCAAGCUGUGAAACGUUCUAGAGUUAAAAGCAAAUUACGUACUCAACAAACAUUGGAACGUGUAAAUCAAUUAAAAACAGAGAAUGAAUUACUUGAAGAAAAAAUUAAAAUGCUUACAAAAGAAUUAGGAUUUUUGAAAGAUCUUUUUCUUGCACAUGCAGGUUCAAGUCAACAUUCUGUAAAUUUUCAAGAUAUAGACUUGAAUGCUCUUUUAGCUGAAGAUACAAAAUCUAUAGAACAAAUGAAAGAAGUAUCUAAACCAUAGAUCAUAAUAAAUUCCACGUGAAAUAAGUAACGUGGUAUUGAUCAGAUCUAAGAUGAAGAUGUACUUUGGUUCGUCUAUUUUUAAAAAAGGUCAGACAUCUUGGAAAGAUGUUUGCUUAAAAAUGCAAUUUCUAAUGAAUUUAAGAUGCAUGAUAUUAGUGUAUUUCAUUGCAUGUGAAAUUCAUUAUUAUUGAAAUCUCAAGUACUGAUCAAAAAAAGGUACAAAAUUUAAACAUUAAAAGAUUAACAUUGCAUGUAGAGAUUGUUUUCAAUGAAGAAAAUGACAAUAUUAUAUAUAGGGAAACGUAAAAUAUUUACAAAAGAGAAUACAUUACAAAGCAUAUAUAUGCAUAUAACACAAUAUUUUUACAUAUAUGUAUUAUACAUAUAUAAACAUACAUACACACAAUGAAAAAAAAUUUAAUAAUUGACGGAGAAAAGAUUUUAUCAAAUUUACGUAUACGUAAAUUAUGUAUACGUAAGAUUUUAUUUUUACAAUAAUAUAAAUAAAAUAUUGUAAAUUAUAAUUACUUAUAAUAAUAUUACUUUAAUCAUUCUAUGAUUAAAUUGUCAAUAUUUACCGUCAAAUAUUUUAUGGAAAUGAAAUAUUUCAAAGAAAGUUUUAUAAAUUAUAAUUAAUUGACAUUUUAAAAUAAAAAAAUAAUUAUAUUGUAAAUAAUAUUUAUUGUUUAUGAAUUGUCAACAGAUUAUUUUUUGAUUAAAUAAAAUAAAAUACUUUCAAAUUGUAUUAAUAUUUACUCAAUAAAUAAAUUUAAAAUUUUUGAAAAAA